AUGCCUAAAGAACCAUUUUUAGGAAUCUUGCAAGUUAACACCACUUUCCAUCGUCCUCCAGGUGAUGUAGGUAAUUUAUCAACAUGGAACAUCCCAAUAAAAAUCAAGAUUGUUGAAGAAGCUUCAGGUGAUGCUGUUGUUAAGACUUCAAAGAAUUAUUCUGAUGAGUUUGUAUCACAUUGGAUUAAAGCUGCUAAAGAAUUUGUGGAUGAAGGUGCCAUUGCUCUUAUAACAUCUUGUGGAUUUUUAGCUACAAUUCAUCCAAGAUUACAAUCUGAGAUUCCAAUUCCUGUGGGUACUUCUGCUUUAUUACAAAUACCAAUUGCACAAGCAUUAAUUCAUCCCAAAAAGAAAUUGGGGAUUAUAACUUUUGAUGCUGAUAAUUUAGGCAAAGAACAUUUGAUAGCCGUUGGUGUUGAUUAUGAUGUUCCAAUUGUUGGUGUUAAAAGAGGUGGUGAAUUUCAACAAAUUCUCAGAAAGGGUAAAGAAUACGAUUUUAAGGCAAUAGAAACUGAAGUAUUAGAAGCAGUUGAUACGUUGAUUCGAAAUCAUGAUAUUGGAGGUAUUAUUUUGGAAUGUACUAAUAUUCCACCAUUUAAAAAUGCUAUUUAUAAGAAGACUGGAUUACCAAUUUGGGAUAUUAUUACACUGGGUAAUUAUCUUUAUGAAGUUUCAUUACCUAAAAAUUAUAACUAG